AUGACGAAGCUGGAAAUAGCUACUGCUUUAAUUAUCCUCAAGUUACGCCACAAAUUGACAACGAAGGCAAUAUCUGAUAUUUGCCUAUUUCUACGUUUAUUUCGUGUGCCGAAUGCUCCCAAAAGUUAUGCAGCUGUGAAGCGUGUUUUGGAACGGAAGGCAACAAAAAAUAUUACAUCAGAUAUAUUCCAAAUUUGUCAGAAUUGCAAUAAGAUUUAUCAAAAUGUAUGUGAUAAUACACAAUGCCACUCAGAUGUUUCUCAAGCGCAAGCUCCUGCUUUUCUUAAAUUUCAAAUUAAAGAUCAAAUUCAAUCAAUUUUAGCAUCUGAAAAUAAUUUUACUUUACAUUCUUCGUCAUCUUCAUGUUAUAAUAAUUGCAUUACUGAUAUUCAACAUGCUAAUUGGUAUCAGUCUAUUGCUUUAAAUGAAAAUACAUCGAAUUUUAUUACAUUAUCUUUAAAUGUCGAUGGGAUAUCUAUGUCUGAUAGUUCAGAUAAUAGUCUUUGGAUAUUCACUGUAAGCUGA